AGAGAGAGAGAGAGAGAGAGAGAGAGAGAGAGAGAGAGAGAGAGAGAGAGAUAUGCAGGGGGCUUGAGUGUUUCUGACGGGAACGUAAAGAUGAAGUCCUGAAGCCCCUCCACACACACCGGGGGGAUCCAUUGAGACAGUUUCGCAGCGUUAGUCAUCCUUACAACCAACCGCAGCGCGUGCGUGCGCGAGUGUGUGUGUGCGUGUUUCCGCGUCUGUUGUGCGCCCUCCCCGUACACCUUGCGAUCCACAACGGGGGGGAACGGUCGCACGGCGGUGGGCCCGGCGUUUCGCCCGGGUUGUCAGGCUGUUUGCGCAGGACGUGGCGGGCCGACGCCGGCAACAGGGCAGGUGAUGUUUGCUCACGUCAGCCGCUCGCGUUUGAUGCGGGGCGCAGGGGACGCGGAUGGAGGGUACGCGCUACUGUUGCAACGCCUCACCGGAUAACUGCUGCUGCUGCUAUCUCAUCCUGUCCGUCUGCGCCCCCCCGCCUCGUUUUUUAUUUUAUUUUAUUUUUUACUUAUUUAUUUAUUUAUUUAUUUUUUCUUUUAGCUUGUUUUGGACCAGCGGAACUCUUUAAGAGCGAAAAGACGCGGGAUUAUAGAAUUUAUUUUUUUUUGUAUUUAUUUAUUAUUUAAAUUUUUAGGCGCGUGUGCGUGGAGUGCGCAUCAUUCCUUGUGAUUUCCCCUGUACGCGCAGGAGAGGCAACGCGCCCACCCAUGCGAUGCUAGCCUAUUAGCUGAAGAGAGAGGCAGAGAGAAAGAGAGAGAGCGAGAGAGAGAGAGAGAGCGAAAGAGAGAGAGAGAGAGAAAGAAAGAGAGAGGGAGAGAGGUUUCAAGUCCUGGAUCUUAUAGAGGAGGCUAAUUUACGGGUCUUGUUUUGCCUUUCAGGAAGGGGGAGGGGGGAAACCGGGAGAGAUAAGAAGGGGAGGGUGGUCGGUGAAGGAGAAUGCAGCAAUCACAUUUUUAAGCAUGCAGAAGCGGGCCGUUUCCGGUUCCUAGGCUCGCCGUAUCAUCAGCCCCCAUCCGACGCCAAGCAGCAGCCGUAUGGGGAAAGCAGAGGCAGACCCAGAUGGCAUGGACACUUCCACGACGUCUGCCGCUCUGCCCCGCCUGCCCUGCCGGAGCCCGUUCGCUGCCGCUGCAGCCGCUGCCGCCGCCGCCGUCUCUCUCCUCCAGCUCGCUCCGCCGCCCAGCAGCACUGCAGCACAGCACAGGCUGACGGCAUGAGGCUGGAUCCGGUGCAUCUCUCCAUGCUGGUCAUCGGGGUCUCCUUCGCCUGCUACGCCCCGAGUCUCAACUCCCUCCAGGACCAGGCGUACCGAUCGGCCGUGGUCAUCGAGGGCGAGGUGCGCUCCUCCCCGGAGAACGUCUCCGCCAGCGAGCCCUACAGCGUGAAUGUCAGAGUGCUGGAUGUGUGGCCCGUCAACAGCGGCGGCCUCGAGAGGGAGCAGCUCGUGACCGUCGGGGACUUCGGCUCCGAGGCGCCCUGCACCACGGUGGAGAAGGACCACAGGUACAUCUUUUUCAUGGACCCGACCGCCGAGCCCCUAGUGUUCAAGGCGUCCUACGCCCCCGUGGACGCCAGCGAGCCGGAACUGAAGAAGAAUGUGGAGAGAGUGCUGUGCGAGGACUGCGCGUCUGCUCCGAAGCUGAGGCCGAUGCGAGGCCAGUCUCUGCUGGAGGGGGGCAAGAUGUACUUGAAGUGCGAGGCGUCGGGGAACCCCAGCCCUUCCUUCCGCUGGUACAAAGACGGACGCGAACUCCAGAAAGGCAGAGACCUCAAAAUAAAAACCAACGUAAAAAAUUCAAAGUUGCAGAUCACUCGUGUCCGUCUGGAAGACUCCGGCAACUACACCUGCGUGGCUGAAAACUCGUUAGGACAAGAAAACGCCACGAGUAUAAUCACCGUGCAGAUCUUGACCACCACCACCCCAUCUCCAGGUGUGAGUCACGUGAGGCGCUGCAACGACUCAGAAAGGGCCUACUGCGCUAACGGAGGAGACUGUUUCUUUAUACACGGUUUUAACCAGCUGUCUUGCAAGUGUCCCAAUGACUAUACGGGGGACCGCUGUCAAAACUCCGUCUUGACCAGUUUCUACAAAAUGAGGUCUAUUAACUAUAGCAAUCUUUUCAAAAAUGGAUUUAUGGAGGCAGAGGAGGUCUACCAGAGGCGGGUGCUGACGAUCACAGGCAUCUGCGUGGCCUUGUUAGUGGUCGGCAUCGUGUGUGUGGUGGCCUACUGCAAAACCAAGAAGCAGAGGAAUCAGAUGCAGCGUCACCUACAUCAAAACCAGAAUCAGUUCGUGGAGCAGCCAAACCGGGUGCUGGCUAACGGUCCCAACCACCCUGGGCUCGGUCCGGAGGAGAUCCCCAUGCUCGAUUACAUCCCAAAGAGCGUCCCGACGACGGAGUGUGUGAUCAGCCAUGGAGCUGAGGGUGCUGGGAACUAUGCAGGCAGUCGAAUGUCAACCCGCUCCCAUCACUCCACCACUGCCUCACAUGGUUCCAGACACGAGGAGCAGACGUGGAGCAUGGAGCGGACAGAGAGCGUAAACUCAGACUGCCAGUCGGGUGGGCUCUCCAGCUCCGUGGGAACCAGUAAGUGCAGCAGCCCAGCAUGCAUGGCGAGGCGGGCCGCCAACUACGGCUACACAGACGUGUCAGGAAUGGGGAUGCAGUACGGGGACUCUUACGACUCUCUAAGAGACUCGCCUCACAGUGACAGAUACGUGUCGGCGCUGACCACGCCGGCGCGGCUGUCCCCUGUGGAGUUCCACUACCCGCCUCUGCCGCCCCAGGUGCCCAUCUUCCAGAUCACCUCGCCCAACACAAGCCACGCCCUCUCCCUGCCCCCUGCUGCCGCGGCUUACCACAGAGACGACGACCAACCGCUGCUAAGAUGCCCCGAAGACGGAAGUUUAUACAGGCAGCCCAGACGACCCCGGCGGCCCUACCUGACAGAGAGCACAGGAAGUCUACCGUCCAGCCCCUACCACCUCCCGGACGACGAAGCCUACGAGACGACGCAAGAGUACGCCUCCUCCCGGGAGCCCAUCCGGAGCCGGCGCCGGCCGCGGCGCAACCGCCUCAACGGACACACGUCCCAGCGCUCGGCGGGCUUUCGGGACUACAGUUCGCAGAGCUUCAGUCAGUCGGAGGAGGAGGAGGAUGAGGAGGAGGAGGACGAGGACGCUGACGGGGAGAGCACGCCUUUCCUCAGUAUGCAGAACAUGAACAUGGACCAGCCGCUGACCGGCUCGGGGUACCGCUCGUCGUCCGGCGCGGACACACGGACUCACCGCGGGCUGAGUCGGCCGAGCGCGCGCAGCAACGGGCAGAGCCGCAGCUCCCAGUCACAGCGCUCCAAAGCCGACAACAUGCCCCUUUAAGACUGGACCUCCCCCGACACCCACCCGUAAGGCCCCCGUCCCGUCCCGCCACGACCCCCGCCACCUCACACACCUCCUCUCCUCCCUCCUGCACAGAACCAGUGGACUAGAGACCUGCACCUAGGAGAAAUAUUUUUAUUUUGUAUAACAGACAGAUAUUCUAAACAAAUGAAAUAUUUAUUUUCAUUUCAGCAAAAAUUGUCUACUAGCUAACAGCAAAGACUUUUUUUAUAACGGGGGGAUAUUUAUAUGUAAGGUUUUUUGAUUUACAGCAUUAUGAGAGAUGAAAAAAGGAGAAUUACGUGCCAAUUUUUUCACAAGUUAGAUAAAUAGAAUAAUAUUGUGGUGCCUUUUGCUGUAUGCUGAAGUCGGAGGUCCCGUUGAGUUUUUGUAGCUUUUCUUAUAAAGACUCCUCAUUUUUAUAGAGACCAACCCUCUUCCUUCCUAUUGCUUUGGUUUGGGUUUUUUAUUAUUAUUAAUUAAUUAUUAUUAUUAUUAUUUAUUGUGUUUCGCUCUGAUUUGGGAUCUUCCUCUUUUUGAACUGUGAUCUGAUUAUGUCAUCAUGCAAUAUCGAUUCCUUCUGUGUACAAGGUGUCUGUUUACAUGAGUUCGCCCCGCGCGAUGGUCCAGCCGGACGUGUAGGGUGGAUUCCUCUGAUGAACACGCAUCUGUCAUUAGCGGCGUCCGUGUCUGCUGCCUGUCACUCAUCCUGUCGUAGUUUCUGUCGGAAAGAAGGUGCGGUCAGGUGUUGUAUGUAGAGGAUCGGCGACCUCAGAUAUCCGUGUAGAUGUUCAGGGUUCUGUCAUUACAUUAGUGCGUGGGUGUGUGUGUGUGUGUGUGCGUGUGAGUGAGAGAGAGAGAGAGAGAUUUUCAUAAAGCCUAAUUUGCGGCCCCUCACCUGACACGUCCGCCGGUCGCCACGCUGCCAGAAGCUCCACUGCACUGUAAGCACCUCCCUCGCGCGAGCCAGGGAGCCGCUCGACCCGAACUGAACCCGACCAGUCCAGUUGUAAUAUCCAGCCUGACUCUGGCCUCCCGUGGACUGCCUGCCCUUCCCUCGCCCGUUUCCUAUGCCAGCAGCUUAGAGCCGCACUGUGUCUCAGGACUUUCCCCAUCGCAUCACAGCCGAACGACUCGCAGCAGACAGAGCUUCCCCCAACCCCUCCACCGUCCCCGUCAUCCCAGUCUCAGAUCAGUCCACGCGGCCAGAUCCAUACCACCGCCCACCCGCACUCACUUCCGUCGAGUUAACAGAAAGAAAGGGGGAAAAAAGGGGGCGCUGAAGUUUGGAACGGGUUUGGAAAUUCAUAGAUAUUUUUAAAAUUAUUAUUAAUAUUCAAAAAGUUGUAUGUAUGGAUAUAUGUAUGUAUGUAUGUAAGUGAGCACGUGUAGAUGUUUUGUCCAAAAAUGUUGGAGGUGAAGUUGGAGAAUGCCGUUGUGCUGAGGGCACAUCCGGGGCCUUGCUAGGAAUUCUGCCUCACGCCACCCCCGCACCGAGAGGAAGACGUCAUCCCAGCUCCUUACUGCUACAAGUGCAGUUCAGAAAAUUACAAUUUCAUCAAAAUGGUUCGCUAGUUCAAUUCAAAAAGUGGAACUCAUAUAUUAAGAAGAGCCAUUACACACAAAAUGACGCAUUUCAAGCAUUUAGUAGCCUGUUCAUUGCCUUCUUGUGCUUCUCCGCUCCGUUAAAAUCUCGCUGCGGACCGUUCUCCCGUUUACAAGGUUUACCUCCGGUAGAAUUUCUACUGGGCCAAUCGGCGAAAAGAAUGUGAACGAUGACGUUGAUUUUGUGCGUCUAGUCUGCCUGUUGUUUUACGUUAGCGACUGCGUAACAUUUAAAAUGUCAAGAGUCCAUGCCUGAACUGAAUUUUGGUGAUUGUAGCUUAAUGCUAGCCUGGUAAGAAUAGGCUCCUUGUUCUGUGUUUGCUUCGUACAGAGCUGUGCUACGAAGCCAGAUCUUAAUCGAGGCGAAAUGUGCAGGAAGGUAAUGGCUAGGUUAGCUUACAGCUAACGAGGGCCCAAGAUGUUGGUUUCCAAAAUUAGAAUAUCACAGAAAACAAUUUGAAAAUAUUUAAAAUAUAAACAUGUUCAGCUCCCUGUCCGCUGUGAAAUGUUAAGUCCAUGCUAAUCUCCGAAUAACCUGUUUUGAUCCCGCUCUGAAUGCUGUUUUAAUUGGAAUCAAGGGUGUGGAGUUUACAGAGCAGAGCAAGCUACUACCUUGACAUUACCAUCUCUUUGUGUUAUUAUUUUUUUCCAUAUUUAAGGAUCAAAUACCCACCUAGAAGUUAUUCCUCUUAGUAAUUAGUGGGCCAGUUAAUAGGAAGGUAUGGCAAGCUUCCAGUUUCGAGGAGUUUGUCUUGUUUCCAUAACGGUUGCACAUCUCUAUAGACAUGGUGUAUAAAAGCAUUCAGCAUCCAUCUUUUGCAAAUCCAAAGACAUUGAUGGCAGCCAGUGAUCAAAUUGUGUAUCUCGCAUGCAAAGUGAUGCAGGAGCGUUGGCAUCAUGUAGUCAUAUGCCAAUAAAACCAAUGUGCAACAGGAGCACUAUGUUAUGGCCUUCACAGUAAACGUCUGACUUGACAGUUGGCCAGCAACGACCAUCAAUAAAAACACAAAAGGUGCUGUGCAUUUUGCAUUUCUCUUUCAAGUCAAUGUCCCAGAGUUUGUAGGAAGAGUAGAGAGGCUCAGAAUCCACUCUGAUUAAGGUCCAGAGUGACGUUCCUGCUGAUGUGAGCCCGCUGUUCUUUAUCAAUUCCAGUCAGUACAGAAUGUCUUCCAUUCUCAUUCAUUUUCCCGCAGGACUCACGCCACACUUUAGAAAGGGCUUACAGGGGCAGUAGCCCAGGGCUCCCAACUUUUUUUGGGGUGGUGGUGCCCCCCCCCCCAAAAAAAAAUAAAAAUUGGGGGCACCCAAGAUUUUUGGGGAUUUUUAGUUUUGUUUUGUUACUGAAUGCAUGUUUUGCAGACACUCUACUUUAUGUAGAACACGUAGGCCCAAGUUUUAUUAUUUUUAUAUUUGAACAUUAUGAAGUAAUAGCAGAUUUGUUUGGGAACAACAUUGAGUUGUUGGCUAGAAGACGUAUUAAACCUAUGAUUCAUCAGUUCAUGCCUGCUGGUGUUUAGGACUACCUAUUGAUUCACUGUAAUUUGCAUUAGUAAUUGAAUAUUUCCUUAUCAGAUAGGGUACCAAAACUGUCUCCAGCACAAGGGGCGCACAUUCUUGUAAAUCCGGCUCCGGGCAGGACUUGGCACGUCCCCCAAACUUCCAGUAGUACCAACACCUGCUUUAGCAUCCAUGGUACGACUGCACCAUGUUACCAUAUUUCAGAUUUUCUUUCAAUUGGUUUUAUGACAUAUUCAAACUUUCCUAGAAAUAUGGUUUUUCAUUAGUUAUCAAAAUCAACAAUAACAAAAUGGUUGGACUGCAUCACUCUAGCUUGGUUUCAGCUAUAAAUGUGCGCAGAACUCUGUCGAUAUUUCUGCUAAUGUUGGGGGAAAAAAACACCCCACAAUUUUGUAAUUGCUGUGUUUCCAUGAAAUGAGAAACACAAUUAAAAUAACGUGACUAAGCUUGUUCAUGUGAGUCGUUAAAAACAUGCCACUACUUCCUGUUUUCUUCUUAGUGUUCUGCGCCAGUGGUAACAUCCAGUUGUCGAUCUCAUGACUGGUGUGACGUGAACAGCGUUCCCAUCGAGUCACGCCAGUUUUCCAAAAAUAAACAAGCUUUGAUUCCGUCAAAUAAAAUAAAAAAAUACCCAGAGCUGCAAAGCAUUUUAUCAAAAAGCUAGAGUUUUUUUGUUUUUGUUUUUUUAAAGGCCUGUUGAGCAAAUUUAUUUUCAAAAUGUGAAAUUGCGCAAUCAUUGGUCGAAGGAAACGCUGCUUCUGACGGACCAUAUGAGUUCCACUUUUGAAUUGAUUUGAAUGACGUUUGAAUUUACUGAGAUGCACCUGCUGUUUUUUGGCUUUUCUUUUCCAAACUUCCGCGUGUUUUCGUCACGGUAGUGGGUGGCACAGCUUGGACGUGAAUUAAGAGGCGACAAAGCACACUUGUGUGGCGGUGUGUGUGAUAAUCCAGGUUAACACGUCCUCGGUUGUGAUUCCAACAUUUUUGAUCGCCUGAGCUACUUUUGCUUCGUCAUGGCGCCUGACAGGAGUUGUUGUCGCCUGUUGUUUUCCCGCCGUCACGUCUUCCUCUCACCCUCUUAGGACCUUCCGAAAGCAACCAGCGGAGGAAUUUAAACCCCUCAUCUGGAACACACAGAGCAGCACACUCACAUUAGGCCGACCAAAACUCUUCCACCCCUUGGAGACUCUUUUGAGGAUGAACGUCACUGUGUCCCAUAGAACUCGUUCCCCUGUUUAGGUUCCGUUUUCUUUCCUUCCACAGACGAUGCAUGGAUCAGACAUAUAGAGUAUCUUUAAAAAAAUAAAAAAAAAACCGACAAAAAAAAA